CUUCCACAGCAGAGAAAAGCGACGAGGAAAAAGGAGCUAAGGGCCGCGCCCAGCCAGCGGUGGCCCCCACCCCUGCCCUCAGCAGCCACACUUGCUGCCGCUCGCCCCGUCCGUGACUGCCAGCUCAGGGCUUCGAUCAAUGCAUCCCAGUAACCCUAAAGUGAGGAGCUCUCCGUCGGGAAACACACAGAGUAGCCCUAAGUCAAAGCAGGAGGUGAUGGUCCGGCCCCCCACCGUGAUGUCCCCAUCCGGAAACCCCCAGCUGGACUCCAAAUUCUCCAAUCAGGGUAAACAGGGGGGCUCCGCCAGCCAGUCCCAGCCGUCCCCCUGUGAGUCCAAGAGUGGGGGCCUCACCCCCAAAGCACCCCCUGGCCCAGGUGGGAGCAUGGGGCUGAAGAAUGGGGCUGGAAAUGGUGCCAAGGGCAAGGGGAAAAGGGAGCGAAGUAUUUCCGCCGACUCCUUUGAUCAGAGAGAGCCUGGGACCCCCAGCGAUGACGGUGACCUGAAAGAAUGUAACUCUGCUGAGCAUAUCAAGUCCCAGGACCCCCAGCCCACGCCACAUCCGAUGACCCCGUCCAGUGCUCCGGCCCCCAGGUCUUCCACCCCUUCUCAUGGCCCGACCACUGCCCCUGAGCCCGCAGCUGCGCAGAAGACCCCUGCCAAGGUGGUCUAUGUGUUUUCUACUGAGAUGGCCAACAAAGCGGCAGAAGCUGUAUUGAAGGGCCAGGUCGAAACUAUCGUCUCUUUCCACAUCCAGAACAUCUCUGACAGCAAGACGGAGAGAAACACAGCCCCUGUGAACACUCAGUUGCCCACCCUCCGAAAUGACCCGAAGCCUCUGCCGCAGCAGCCUCCAGCUCCAGCCAGCCAGGACCAGAACACCUCCCAGAACCCCAGGCUGCAGCCAGCACCGCCUGGGUCAGCCCCGGCCCCCAAGCCCACCACCGCCCCACGUCCCCUCGACCAGGACAGCCCCGGGCUGGAAACCAAGCUCCUGCCAAGCUCGGGCAGCCCUGCCGGCCCCACACCCCUGCCCCCUGAGAGCACGGGGCCCAGCUCGACCCCCAACAACCGUGCCGUGACCCCCGUCUCCCAGGGAAGCAGCAGCUCCUCAACAGACCCCAAAGCGCCCCCACCGCCCCCUGUGCCCGGUGGGGAGCCCCCAACUCUGGGCGAGAACCCCGACGGGCUGUCUCAGGAGCAGCUGGAGCACCGGGAGCGCUCCCUGCAGACGCUCCGGGACAUCCAGCGCAUGCUGUUCCCUGACGAGAGGGAGUUCCCCGGGGGCCCAGGUGGGGGCCCCCCGCAGAACCCUGGCGCACUGGACGGCCCGCAGAAGAAAGUGGAAGGGCCCAUACAGGCCAUGAUGGCGCAAUCCCAAAGCCUUGGCAAGGGUCCCGGGCCCCGGACGGACGUGGGAGCCCCCUUUGGCCCCCAGGGACACAGGGACGUGCCCUUCUCUCCCGAUGAGAUGGUUCCACCGCCCAUGAAUGCCCAGCCCGGGCCCCUGGGGCCUGAACACCUGGAUCACAUGAGCCCCGAGCAGAUGGCCUGGCUGAAGCUGCAGCAGGAGUUCUACGAGGAGAAGCGGAGGAAGCAGGAGCAAGUGGCGGCACAGCAGUCCUCUCUGCAGGACAUGCUGGUCCACCCGCACGGGCCCCGGGGUGUGGUCCGUGGGCCGCCCCCGCCCUACCAGAUGCCCCCUAAUGAGGGCUGGGGGCCCGGGGGUGCGGAGGCCUUCACUGAUGGGCUGGGCGUGCCACACACGCUGCCCCCCAGGGCCAUGGCGCCCCACCCUGGCGUGGCCGGGAGCCAAAUGCGUCUCCCCAGCUUUGCGGGAAUGAUCAACUCUGACAUGGAUGGGCCAGGAGUCCCCAACCCCGCGUCACGGCCGGGCCUUCCCGGAGUCAGCUGGCCCGACGACGUGCCCAAACUCCCGGACGCCCGUAACUUCCCGCCCGGUCCCGGCGUAUUCAGCGGCCCCGGGCGAGGGGAUCGUUUCCCCAACCCCCAGGGACUGUCGGAGGAGAUGUUCCAGCAACAGCUGGCUGAGAAGCAGCUGGGCCUGCCCCCGGGCAUGGGCCUGGAGGGUGCCCGGCCCGGCCUGGAGCUGAACAGGAUGAUGCCAGGAGCCCAGCGGCACCUGGAGCCCGGGAACAACCCUAUUUUCCCGAGGGUCCCGGUGGAAGGCCCUCUGAGCCCCUCCAGGGGCGACUUCCCAAAGGGGAUGCCCGCCCAGCUGGGCCCCGGGAGGGAGCUGGAGUUUGGGAUGGUCCCCGGCGGGAUGAAGGGAGACGUGACACUCAAUGUGGGCCUGGGCGCCAACCCUCCCAUGAUACCUCAGAAGCUGCGCGAACCUGGCCCGGGUCCCGAGGAGAUGCUGAAGCCACGCCCUGGCGGCCCCGAGCUGCUGCCCGCUCAGCAGAAGAUGGUGCCCUUGCCCUUCGGGGAGCACCCGCAGCAGGAGUACGGCUUGGGCCCCCGGCCCUUCCUCCCCGUGUCUCAGGGGCCCGGUGGGGGCUUGCGGAGUCUCAGAGAGCCCGCGGGGCCUGACCAAAGGACUAACAGCCGGCUCAGCCACAUGCCACCUCUACCUCUCAACGCCCCCAGCAGCGCCCCCAGCCUCGGCGCUGCGCCCCCCGGCCCACGCGGCCUGGGCCGCAAGCCCCUGGACAUCUCCGUGGCCGGCAGCCAGGUGCACUCCCCAGGCCUCAAUCCUCUGAAGUCGCCCACCAUGCGCCAGGUGCAGUCGCCCAUGCUGGGCUCCCCCUCGGGGAACCUCAAGUCCCCCCAGACUCCGUCACAGCUGGCGGGCAUGCUGGCGGGCCCCGCUGCUGCUGCCUCCAUCAAGUCCCCCCCGGUCUUGGGGUCCGCUGCUGCUUCGCCUGUGCACCUCAAGUCUCCGUCGCUCCCUGCCCCGUCCCCUGGAUGGACCUCCUCUCCGAAGCCUCCCCUGCAGAGCCCCGGGGUCCCCCCGAACCACAAAGCGCCCCUCCCCAUGGCCUCCCCAGCCAUGCUAGCGAAUGUGGAAUCAGGUGGCCCUCCCCCUCCCACCGCCAGCCAGCCUGCCUCUGUGAAUCUCCCCGGAAGUCUUCCCUCCAGCACACCGUACUCCAUGCCUCCCGAGCCAACCCUCUCCCAGAACCCGCUCUCGAUUAUGAUGUCUCGGAUGUCCAAGUUUGCGAUGCCCAGUUCCACCCCAUUGUACCACGAUGCCAUCAAGACCGUGGCCAGCUCCGAUGACGACUCCCCUCCAGCGCGCUCCCCAAACUUGCCGUCUAUGAAUAACAUGCCAGGAAUGGGCAUUAAUACACAGAAUCCUCGAAUUUCAGGUCCAAACCCUGUGGUUCCGAUGCCGACCCUCAGCCCGAUGGGAAUGACGCAGCCGCUGUCUCACUCCAACCAGAUGCCCUCCCCGAAUGCCAUGGCCCCCAACAUCCCCCCUCACGGGGUCCCCAUGGGGCCAGGCCUGAUGUCACACAACCCAAUCAUGGGGCACGGGUCCCAGGAGCCCCCGAUGGUCCCUCAAGGACGGAUGGCAUUCCCCCAGGGCUUCCCCCCGGUGCAGUCUCCACCUCAGCAGGUGCCCUUCCCCCACAAUGGCCCCAGCGGCGGCCAGGGCAACUUUGCGGGAGCCGUAGCUUUCCCUGGAGAAGGCCCCCUUGGUCGCCCUGGCACCCUGCCCCAGAGCUCGGCCGAUGCAGCACUUUGCAAGCCUGGAGGCCCGGGGGGCCCCGACCCCUUCACUGUCCUGGGGAACAGCAUGCCUUCCGUGUUCACAGACCCAGAUCUGCAGGAGGUCAUCAGGCCUGGAGCCACGGGCAUACCUGAGUUCGACCUGUCUCGCAUUAUCCCGUCCGAGAAGCCCAGCCAGACACUGCAAUAUUUCCCACGAGGGGACGUACCCGGCCGCAAACAGCCACAGGCGCCAGGGCCUGGCUUUCCGCAUAUGCAGGGGAUGAUGGGGGAACAGGCCCCCAGAAUGGGGCUGGCAUUGCCUGGCAUGGGGGGCCCUGGGCCAGUGGCUACCCCGGACAUCCCUCUCGGUACAGCUCCGUCCAUGCCCGGUCACAACCCCAUGCGGCCGCCGGCCUUCCUCCAGCAGGGCAUGAUGGGCCCCCACCACCGGAUGAUGUCACCAGCACAAUCCACCAUGCCCGGCCAGCCCGGCCUGAUGAGCAACCCCGCUGCACCCGUGGGCAUGAUCCCUGGCAAAGACCGGGGUCCGGCUGGGCUCUACAGCCACCCCGGGCCCGUGGGCUCCCCGGGCAUGAUGAUGUCCGUGCAGGGCAUGAUGGGCCCCCAACAGAACAUCAUGAUCCCCCCGCAGAUGCGGCCCCGGGGCAUGGCGGCUGACGUGGGCAUGGGCGCCUUUAGCCAAGGACCUGGCAAUCCAGGGAACAUGAUGUUUUAAGCUGCUACGGUCGGAUGCGCCGGUCCUUGUGGAGACGAGAUUGCGGGCCCCAAGCUGUGUCGAGGGCGUCCCAAGAGCACUGCUGGGUCCCCCCCCCCCCGCAGGAGGAGCAAGACCGGGGACUGCGGGGGGAGGGGGCACUCAAGAAUGUAUGGGUCUGCGGGAACAAACGAUUCAGUUCAUCACGAGGCGUGUUUUUUUUUAAGAUUUAUUUUCUAAAGAUUAUUUUUGUGAACUUGGGUAUCCCGCGAUGGCACCUGCUUUGGGGGCCACCACGCGUCGUGCUGCGCGUUCUCUGUCCGUUUGCGUCUUUGGACUGGCCUCUCGCAGGAUUCUUGGCCAGUUUCGUCUUCCCCCCCCCCUUGCUUUGGGCUUUAUUUUUGUGUGUACUGUACUAUAUUGUAAAAGGGAUUUUAGCCGAGACGUUAGGCUUUGGGACAGGAGGAGAACAGGAAUGCCGGGCUGUUUACUUUUAGGUGGAGAAUCCAUCUUCAGACCUUUGGACUAUUUUCUUUUCGACUCCAGUGUAUAGAAAAACCAAACUACAACCUCAGAGCAGAGUAUUAAUGAAAAGCACAAAAAAAAAAAAAUCCUGAAAAAAAAAAAGGAA